AUGGCAAAAUCUAGCAUUUCUUUGGCUCAGGAUCAGUUCAGCUGUUCAAUCUGUCUGGACCUAGUUCAGGACCCAGUGGUCAUUCCCUGUGGACACAGUUACUGUAUGAGCUGUAUUACAGGCUGCUGGGAUCAGGAUUAUCAGAAGGGAGUCUAUAGCUGCCCUCAGUGCAGACAGACCUUCACUCCAAGACCUGUUUUACGUAAAAACACCAUGCUGGCUGAAGUGCUGGAGAAACUCAAGAACACAAAACUACAAGCUGCUCAUCCUGCUCAAUGUUAUACUGGAUCUAGAGAUGUGGAGUGUGACGUCUGUACUGGGAGAAAACAUAAAGCCAUCAAGUCCUGUCUGGUGUGUCUGAACUCUUACUGUCAAAAUCAUCUUGAACAACAUGAGACUUUCUUCAGAGGUAAGAGACACAAUCUAAUGAACGCCACUGGACGACUGCAGGAUAUGAUCUGCCCUCAACAUGAGAAACUGCUGGAGAUUUACUGUCUCACUGAUCAGCACUGUAUAUGCUAUUUGUGUGCUAUGGAUGAGCACAAAACCCAUAAGACUGUAUUAGCUGCAGCAGAGAGGGCUGAGAAACAGAGACAGUUGAAGGAAACUCAAAGAAAAUUCUGCUACAAAAUCCAGGAGAGACGGAAGCAGCUUGAGGAGCUGAGAAAGGCUAUGGAGUCUCACAAGCGCUCUGCACAGGCAGCAGUGGAGGACAGUGAGAGGAUCUUUACUGAGCUGAUCCGCUCCAUUGAGAGAAGCCGCUCUGAGGUGACACAGCUGAUCAGAGAUCAGGAAAAGGCUGCAGUGAGUCGAGUUGAUGGACGACUGAAGCGACUGGAGCAGGAGAUUGAAGAUCUGAGGAGGAGAGACGCUGAGCUGGAGCAGCUUUCACACACAGACCAUUAUAUCCAUUUCCUCCAGGUAACGGAGAUCUGAAAAACAGGACAGUCGUCUUUAGGAAGCGUUUCCAGUCUCUCUGUCCCUCCUGGAUCUACAGACUCACCCAG